CGGUCCUGUUUAAAUGGGAAUCUAGAGCGCAGAGAGGAAAAGAGACGCAUACUGAGAAACCAAGAGAGAGAGAGAGAGAGAGAGAGAGAGAGAGCAGGCAACAACAACAAAAAAAGAAAAAAAGUGGAGACAGAUUUAUUUUACGCACGGGAAAAACAGGGAAACGAGUUGAAGAAAGGAAAGGAGGAGAGAGGAAAAGAGGCAUCGGAUUUUUUCCUCUAAAUUUGGCUUCUUUCACUCUCAUGACUCAAAGAGGAUUCCAGUUAAAUUCACCCGCUCGGGAGGAAUUGAUGGUGUCUUUUCGGGGAAGCAGAGCCGAGGGGAGGAAUCUGAAUGCGCUCGGCUGAACCAUGCCAGCCCUGUGGAUCCUAACUUUGGCGAUCACUUUGAACCAAGUGUGGUGCAUUCGCUUCUCACAGGAGCCCGCGGACCAGUCGGUGGUACUGGGAGAACGGGUGGUGUUGUCCUGCGUGGUCUUCAACUACAGCGGCAUCGUCCAGUGGACCAAGGAUGGUCUGGCCCUCGGCAUCGGAGAGGGUCUUCGAGCCUGGCCCAGGUAUCGUGUCCUGCGGGCUCUGGACAUCGGCCAGUACAACCUGGAGAUCUCCAAUUCUGAGCUGUCUGAUGACUCUCUGUACGAGUGUCAGGCCACAGAGGCCGCCCUGCGCUCCAGGAGAGCCAAACUCAAUGUACUCAUCCCCCCUGAGGACCCGGUGGUGGAUGGAUCCCCGGAGCUCCUGCUGAUGGCUGGGACUCCGUACAACCUGACCUGUGUGACCCGCGGGGCCAAGCCUGCAGCCCACAUCCUGUGGACCAAGGAUGGAGUCUCUGUGGAGGGAGCCUACCAGUCCACGGAAGUACUACCAGACAGGAAGAGGGUGACGACCAGGAGCUACCUGCCCAUCACACCGGCUGACACCGACAGCGGCAGCAACUUUACCUGUGUUGCCAGCAACCCGGCGGUGCCGAUGGGCAAACGUGCCACUGUUGCCCUCAACGUCCACCACCCUCCUAUGGUGACCCUAUCCAUUGAGCCUCGCUCUGUCCUGGAGGGCGAGAGAGUCACCUUCACCUGCCAGGCCACAGCCAAUCCCCCCAUCAUGGGCUUCAGGUGGGCAAAAGGUGGCGUGCUACUGGAGGGGGCCAGAGAAAGUGUGUUUGUCACCACAGCAGAUCACUCCUUCUUCACCGAGCCCGUGUCCUGUCAAGUUUUCAACGCUGUGGGAAGCACCAACGUCAGCAUCCUGGUGGACGUGCACUUUGGCCCAAUUCUGGUAGUGGAGCCCAGGCCAGUUACAGUAGAUGUGGACUCUGACGUCACUCUAAACUGCAAAUGGUCAGGCAACCCCCCUCUUACCCUCACCUGGACCAAGAAGGGCUCCAACAUGGUGCUCAGCAACAACAACCAGCUGUAUUUGAAGUCAGUGAGCCAGGCCGAUGCGGGUCAGUAUGUCUGCAAGGCCAUCGUGCCCCGGAUUGGAGUGGGAGAGACUGAAGUUACACUCACAGUCAACGGCCCCCCCAUCAUCUCCAGUGAUCCAGUCCAGUAUGCUGUCAGAGGAGAGAGAGGAGAGAUCAAGUGUUACAUCGCGAGCACCCCCCCACCUGAUAAGAUUGUUUGGGCAUGGAAGGAGAACGUGUGGGAGAAGGAGAAGGGCACCCUGAUGGAGAGGUACACUGUGGAGCAGAGUAAACCUCCGUCCCAGGGUGGUGCUGUCCUCUCCACGCUCACCAUCAACAACGUCAUGGAGUCUGACUUCCACUCGCCCUACAACUGCACCGCCUGGAACUCCUUUGGACCCGGCACCAUGAUCAUCACCCUGGAAGAGACGGAUAUUGUUCCAGUGGGAAUUAUCGCCGGUGGUACGGUGGGCUCCUCCAUUCUGCUACUCAUGUUUCUACUGGCGCUUGCCUUCUUCCUCUACCGCCAACGCAAAGGCAGUCGCCGGGGUGUCACCCUCGGUAAACCAGACAUCAAGGUAGAGACGGUCAACAAAGAGACCCACAGCCUGGAGGAGGAGGCAGCCGACGUCUCCACAGCAACCCGAAUGGUCAAGGCCAUGUACUCCUUUCUGCCCUCUGUUUCCCUCUCUCCCUCCACUCAGCCGUUCAAAGACGACAUGGACCUGAAGCAGGACAUCAGGAGCGAGAGCGACACCAGGGAGGAGUACGAGCUCAAGGAUCCAACCAAUGGCUACUACAAUGUCCGAGCCACCACCCAUGAUGAGGCGCGCCCCCAGUCCCGUGCCAUCCACUACCAGGGAGAGUUUCGCUCCCCGAACCCAAACAGCGGACCAGCUGGUGCCACUUCCGGCGGACCCCCAGCUGGCGCCAGCAGUGCUGUUCCCCCCAGCGGAGUGCCAGGUUCAAGGGCAGGCUGCUACGACCCCCGCCCCCCUUCCAGGAUGUCCCAUGCCACCUAUGCCCAAUUCAACACAUUCUCCAGGGCGCCACAGAGCCAGCAACCACCUCCCAAUCCAGCUCUUCAAUCGCCUGGAGAUUACCCCGGAGACUGCGGCCUGCUGGACAACACAACCCAGCUGGCCUACGACAACUACGGAUACCCCUCCCAGUAUCCCAGCUACCGCAUGGGCUUUGCUCCACCUAUAGAGGAAGGACCAGCCUAUGAGAUGUAUCCAACAGGACAAGGGACCGGGCCAGGGCCAGGGCCAGGGCCAGGGCCAGGACCAGGGCCGGGACAACAAAGUCCUGAAACCGGACUAGGGCAGUAUGGUAGCUCCACUCGCUUCUCGUACUCAUCUCCGCCCUCUGACUAUUCCCAAAGACACACACAGCGGAUGCAGACUCAUGUUUGAGAAACACACAUACACACUCUUUGACUUGCUUUUUGCAGCAGCAGUACUUAUUACACAUAAAACAAAAUCAUAAUAAAUAUAAAAAAAAAUACAUGAACAAAUCUGUUUUCUGUUUCCAUCGCAUCCAGUGCAUGGAAUUUGGUUCAUUUUCUGAACUAAUGAAACACGCCAACAACGCACAGUAGUUAGCAGCAUCGCAUAUAAUACAGUUAGCAGCAAUACAUACAAUACAUGCAAAGCGACAUUCACACACAUUUGCGCAGACCUUCUGUUGCGUGCAGUGUUUAUGCUCCAACAAAAGCAACAGCGAGAGCCACAAUCAAGAGAAAAGAGACAAAAAGAGAAGAAGAGCACUAUGAAGACAGGAAGAAGAAGAGUGCUAGGAGCUUAAGGAGAAGGAGAUGAUCCUUUUUCUUCCUGCAAUCCUCGUCUUGCUCUUGGAUCAUCUCCCUGCAUCACAUUUUCCUCCAUCCACCCCAUCUCUGUAAAUAAGCGCAAAUGGAGAUUUGGGUCAUUUUAAAGUUAUUUCCUUGUACAAACCUAUACAGUGUGAUGCAGUACAGUGACUCACAGCAAACCUCCCUGUAAUACACACUUUUUGCAUUUUCCUGACUCUCACAUAUUGCAAAAAAAAAAACACACACAUACAAGCAGAUCUUUAAAGACUUAUUUGUUUCUAUGUACUGCAGCAACGGGGCAGCUUGGACUAUAAAUAUAUUUGGCACUUUUCGAUCCCCUUUCCUCACUAAAACCUGCCCAGUGGCCAUUGCUUACAAGAUCUACCUUGAUUUAAGUGGGACAAAGCUUCUUAAAGUGGUACAGUUAGUGACCAGAGUGCCAAUGCUUAUGUGCCAACACACACAAUCUAUUAAAGGUGUGUCUUCUUUUGUAAAGAGUGGACAAUGAGAUUCUCUGGACAAAGAGGUUUUUUGGAUAUGCCACAUUUGAGAGAAAGGGAAAGGAGUGGUAGCAAGCGUCUCUAUAUGCUCAAUCUCUUCCUCAUCUCGCAUUUUUUAUCAUCAUGAUACAUUUCUAUACUUAACAUUUCACUCGAGGUCAAUGCUGUAUACAGUAUUCGUGAAACGAGGUGUGGCGGGAGCGCUUUUUCAUUCAAUGAAUUUCUGCAAUUUGUACAAAAAGAUACCUCCCCUACCCUCAAGUGUCAAAAAGUAUUUGUUUCUCUCACUUGCACAGUAGGAUAGAUUUUUUUUCCAUAUUUAUACCGAAACGUAUGAAAAAAAAUGGCAUUCAGAAACAUUUUAUAGUAUUUUUAUAAGGAGUUGUGGACCAAAGGUUCAGCGUUUUGGGUGAAACUCACUUUUUAAUGUGUAUGUGGCGAUGUGAUCGUUAUUGGAAACGUUUUGAGUUUCUUUAAAAAGCGAUGGAUGGUGUUUUUAAAGUGGAUGUUGUAGAUUUAAAUUAGAAAAUCCGAAGAGCUUCUUUCCAAACUGACUGAUAUCCAGCAAGGGAAAAUCUUUUUGGUGAAUAUCUCUGUUUGGUGUGAAACUCUUUCUUUGACUUCCAGUCUUCUGACUGGACUGCCUUCUUUCAAACGUCGACGACAUUCAAAAUGAUGGAUGACAACAAGCAGCUGCCCACUUUGAGCGCUGCUGUAAACUUUGUAAGCGAUGAGACGGUUCGAUGAGUGUAGUCUAACAUAUCAAAAUGAAGGUACAGAUGGUUCUAUCUAGCUCAUAUGGUACUUUGUACAUUUAUAUGUUAGUAUGCUGGUUUGUUCAACAGAAAAUUUGGUGGUAUUUUAUGUCUGAGAGUUUUCCAUUACAUUGUGUCAGCUUUGGUACGUGUAAUUGGCCUUUAACCGCGCAGGUUCGUAAUGAUCAGUGUGUAUACUCUAACCUCUACUGAUGCAGCUACUGUACAAGUCCCAUGUUUUAAGAAUCUCCACCACCCUGCUAUCAUUUUGUUUUUCACCAAGAGAGAAAAUCUGAUUUGUCUGUUUAGUCUCCGCAGAAAAUCUUGCAACUUCUGCAGCUGUUGGAAAAACUCUCCAAAUUCACACUGUGAUCAGCUUACAAAAGGCUGACAAAAGCAGUGUGGAUUGUACCUGUCUACCGUAGCAGUUGAGUGAGUUAAGUUUGAACCAUAAAAUGAUUUCCUUGCCUGAUAUUAAAAUCUUGAAGAGUUAUUAUAAGUAAGAAGUUUUAAAAAGGAAACCUUACUUUUCCAAAAUUACUUUACCAACAAUGCCAACUGUGGAUGCAACUGUUGACCCAGCGUUUUAAGACAUUUAGAUAGUGGUAGAGAACUGAAAGCUUUGAAGCUCUAUUUUGUACUCUUCACAUAACAAAAUCACAUCUUUAACAUAAUUCAGGCAACUAAUUGGCUGUUAAUGAGGAGCACAAGAAAUUCAGUUUUAUCCAACUUAUGUGAGAUAUUUCUCCAGACAUUCACCUCAACAGGAAAUCAUUUGAGCCACUUUUAAUGUUGCUCGCCGUGUGAAGAGCCCUGAAAACACUUGUAUAAAGCAGCUACUCGUGCUUAAGUAAGAUCAGUGAAAAACAGUUGCCAUUGUCUGCCGUGAAGUUCACCGGUUCAUGGUUGAAUUGGUUCAUGUUUGAAAACUGAGCUUUGUUGGCGAGACUGGAUUGGAUUGCACCUUAAUCAUACCAUCGCACAACUUCACCUUUUAUGGUGACAAUCAUGUGUUGACGCCACAGCAGCAGCAUCAAUCUUUAAUAUAUACUGCGCUUGAAAUUAUGAGGUUCCAUCAUUAAUGCAACUUUUCUUUCUUCAUUUUCUUAAGUCACAUUAAAUAAUACAUGACAUUUUUAAAUUUGUUUUGACAACCAACCAUUGUUUUUUUCAACAAUUAAUUUUUUCCUUUUCUUAAGGGCACAUAUGCUUUAUUGGAUAAUCAAAGUAAUCAAGACUUUAUGCAACAAAGAUUCACCCACUUCUUUCUCGACCAUACAUUUUGUAAGCAGUUAAAAAAUGAUAGAUGAGAUGGUGCUUUUCAAAAGACCAGAGGUUGAAAAGUGAAGCCAGAAAUCUCACCACCUCUAGAGGUAAUCAUUGAGUCUUUAUACUUAUCAGCCACCCUAUCAACCCCUCACAGAUACAGUAUAUUAUGGUAAUUGCUAUUGUGCUAAGGGGCAGUAAAAAGUGUAUUUAUUGCUUCUAUUUUGAAUAAACACUUUCAGAAAGGAAACCACAGCCACACCAUUUCUGAUUAGAAUAUCAGAUGGAACCUUGUAGCUCCAAGGUCACUAUAUAAACCAUUUCACUAGUUAUAGAGGGAAGAACGGCAGAUGGAGCGCCCUUUUAAAUUUAUAUGGUUAUCACAGCCUUGGUACUGCAUACUAUUACCUCUUUACAACCUUUUUACAGAGUUGUAGCGGUGCAGUAUUUUGCAUCUGACUUGAAAUGUCGUUAUGACCUUGUGUAGAAUGAGUAAAUUUGACACCGAGGAGGUUCUGAGGCCAACAAAUACACAGCCAGGCCAUCCAGGUACUUAGUCAUUACCUCUUAACUAUUUACAGUCUGUUGACAGUGGGGACACAUAAAUAUGUAAAAGACACCAUAGAUGCCAAAAAUUUAAAAACAGAGGUUAUGAUUUGGUUCACCAUUGAAAAAUAUGCGGUUUAAGAGGGAAUCUGGAAUUGUUUACUCCACUUGGUUGUUAUUUCAUGUCUUUUUCCCUGUUUUCCCCUUACGUACCUCUCUCCGCGGUACUGAUGCGCUUUACUCUCUACUCUUUCCCCUGUGUCAUAUUAAUAACCACCUACCAGCUUCCAAAUUUAGAGGUUGAACCUGUCUUUUCAUGAAUAAAAAAAAAACUCCUCACGACAUAGCAAACCUUUCUCUCAUAGCUUUCUUCCAAAUUUUGAUGAUAACAUAUGGAGUAGGUAUAGCAAUCUAGCUUGUAUUAUUGUGUGUAUGUUGGGGAUUGGGAGUCUGUUCAUGACAUCAGUGUUCAUUUAUUUCUUGUUUCUUUCUAUGAAAAUCAGUAUUUUAAGUCUUAUUUUCUUGAUAUUACUUUAUGGUGUUACAUCACCAGUAGAAGAAAUGACUGUGGUCAAAAGUGUGUGUUUAAACUUUUAUAUACAGUAUUUUAUUUUGCGUGCAUCGGAUAGGGGGGCUCUGAUUAAUCAACCCAGUGAAUAAGAGAGAGAGGGGUUGUGUGUCUGUGGCCAAAACGACUGCUCAGCCAGGCCACAAAUAGCCAAAACUCUGUCUCAACUAGGCCAACCCAGGCUAGAACCAGGCCAGACCCACAGCUAACUGCUCUGUUCCAUGCUGUGCUGUGCUGUGCCAUCUCUGGCCAAGACUGACUCAAGUGGCUCAGUGUCCAUUUUUACCUUUUGGAGUCCUCAGUGAGUGCCAAAAGACUGUGCAAAAAAAAAAAUACAAAAAAGUGAACUGAGCAGACAAACAAAUGCAGCAGCCAUUCGUGUUUAUUGUGUUUAUGUGUGUGUAUGCUCAUGGGUGACAGUGUGUGUGUUUGUAUGUACGCUACCUAAUGUUUGUGUCUCCAUACAUGCACAUGUACUGUGUUGGGACCACUGGACUGUAGAAAUUAGGGUUUGACUGAUUGUUUUGGGCCAAUAUGAGAUUGCUCAAGCAGUAACGAUGUCAUCUGCUGGUAUGAUGGAGGUUCCUCCUGAGCACAGCUACACACAAAUGGUCUGAAAUUUAAUUUCCGUUACAGAUUGUAGUCGUUCAUUUAAUUGUUCAAUAAUCAUUUUUGUAACAUUACAAUCAAUUAAAAGGCAGUAUCAUACCUAACUGAUGUUAAAGUUAGAUUCCUUAGGAUUUUUAUGAAAUAAAACCCCAUUUUUGAUUCUAUUUAUGAAAUCAAAAUGGUAUCAAUGCAGCCAUUUAAUGUAUUUACAGUCACUGCCUUGUGAUCUAUUUUUUUCAGUGAUUAAUAUUAGAGCUUGAGCCGAAUCAGAGCUUUGUAGGCGGGAUCAAGGACGGCGACAUUAUCUUCCUGUGCUUGCUUUAGCACAAGGACUAGCUACUUUCAGGAAAAAUAGAGACGAGAAACAAAUGUGAAUGAAAAUGAUUCAGCUUUACAAGUCGUUGUAACUGGACUUAUGGAAAUAACUCUUAAAUCAGCAUAUUUCCUCGGUCAUUGUGAAAAUUGUUAAUUGGUCCUUUAGCAACCGCUACCGCAUCCACGUCAACUGACUGAUAGUAGGGCAAAACAAAACAAAAUAACCCUGACUCCCAAACAAAGAUCAGGCAACAUUACCACAAUGUCAGACUGAAUAAUUAAGUGAAAUGAUAAUUCAGUCUUAUUAUCAGGCGAGUGAACAAAACACAAGUUGCUGUUCUGUUCUGUGUAGCCCCUCAAGGCCACUUUACUGCCCCUAGUGGUAGAUAAACAUGCCAUUUUAAACAAAACGCAUGGAACUGUAUCAAAAUACCACAAAUAAACCAAGACUAAAAUCUGAAGGAUUAUAACUUUAAACUGCCUUUAAAAUCUAAACUGUAAUCAUAAUUUUAUUUUACACUUUAUUAUCAAUAGACACUUUAAAAGCAUUUCCACCUUGUCAAGAAGAUUCAGUUAGAAAUGCUGUUUUGGGAUUAAAAAUAGCACAUUUUGAAGGUUAAAUAUUGUCAGCAGAGAAACCAUAUCAGUCAAACCCUCGUAUAAAGCAGGACAGCUGGUAAGACAGAGUGAAGGAGACAUUGCGUGGCCUUAGGACACGAGGAAGGAGCCGAGCUCGUCAGCUCGUCCCUCAUCCAGCUGCUGAGCCUGUCUGCUCUCUGAAACAGCUGCACGAGUGAACAGGAUUAAUUGAUGUUCAGCUCGGUGUCGUUAAGCAUAUGAAGACAAAGAUCAGUACAGUGAGAAGGAUUCCAUAUUGCACUUGCAAAUGUUUGAAGUGGAGGUGUGCAUGUGGGUAAGAGAGGAACAGUGUGGGUGUUUCAAAUAAGCAUAUAUUCUCCAUACUACAAUUCUUUAUUUUUAUCCCUAUAUAUUGUUCACAUGUGUAUUAUGUUCAUGUUGGGUUUGAGUACUUGUUUAUCCCUUUUAUUCAAGAAAAACGCCUGUACAAAACAUACAAGAUAUUAUUAAAAUUUCCCUUUAUUUCUCUG